AUGGAUGCUAUCCACACCGUACUCGCGCAGACAGGAAACGUCCCCGAAUCUGCAGAUGAUAAUGUCGUCUGCGUAUCCCCUUUUUCAUCUAGCUUCAGCUUACUCCCUCGCCUUCAUGUCUACUUCUGCUUCACAGUUGCUACUGCCGUCUGGCCCUUCUACAACGCCCGCCCCCUUAAGGCUGCCUAUAUCUUCUCUAUCUUCUACGCAGCACUUUCCGCCACACACUCUGCAGCGAACUUUGCGAUACUGGUUCGAGGAGAUACCAAAGAUAAUAUCCUCGAUCCCGAUCUCUUCCACCACUACAGAACCAUAGCACUAGGAGUCUUUUUCUGCGCAAGGCUUCUUUACUCGCCGCACGGCCGUCCCCUCACCAACGACCAAUUCAAUCUGAUCCGCUUCCUGCUCUUUGUUCUCGGAGCAGCUGGUGUUGCAGGAAACGUUGCCAUCCGCCAUGUUGCUCGCAAUAUCACCAGCAAUGAGUCGAUAUGCCGCGCCUCGAACGCCGUCCUCCUACCGCAGAAAAUAGUCCUGGACGACCACAACAGGCAUUACGAAUUUCUCUCCAGCCUCACCCGCUUCAUUUCCGGCACGGAUAUCGGCUACAAUAUUGCCUAUUUCCUAUUCAACCCUACCGUUCAGGGGUUGCUUGUCUUUUGGCAGGGCUUCUACGCUUCCUUCACCUCGCACAGUAGGGGACGUCCUAAAUCUCCAUUCAGUCAUAGCCAAACGUCCGAGCCUCACAGCCCACCAGCAAGAUCACUCCAAAACAUGUUCUCCCAAGCCCUAAAACUAGCCUGGCGUGCAUUCCUGCUCUACAACGACUCUGGCUUCGCCAUCGUCACCAUAGCCACCAUGUCGUCCCUCCAAGCAGAAGCUAUCUAUUACAACCUCCAAUUCCCGGAAAACCUAACCAACGGUAUCCUAUCACCCUGGUCCAUCUGGGUCCCCACGCUGCUGUAUCUCGCCAUCGAGGCUGGUAUCCGGAUACAUAGACUCCCCGAACGGCUUCAUCAAGAACACAUUGCCCGCCAGAAAAAGGAAGCUACAGAAGCGAAAAUUUAUCACGCUCUAGAGCCGCUGAAGGAUCGUGAGGUUCACAUCUAUCUGCAGCGUUGUGCAGUUGGACAGCUUCCGUGUGGUACCGAAAUCACGUAUGAGAAAGCUGCAAUUUAUUGUCAAGUGUUUCCUGAGUUUAUUCCGGUGUUUGAGAAUCUAAUUCGACUUCUAAAGGAGAAUGAAUAA